AAAUGGGAAAGAAGCGCGCUAAACCUGAACAACUGAAGGAAGAGGAGGAAAUCAACUAUUCCGAAGAGUCCCUGAACGAUUCGGAGGAAGAAGAGGAGGCGAUUACGUAUAAGCCUCUUACGAAGGAGGAAAGAAAGAAACAAGAGGAAAUGCUUAGAGAAAAUGAGGAGGAAGAGGAAGGGAGUGAAGAGGAAAGUGACGAUGACGAUGAUGGAAUUAUUAAUCUCGAUAUUGGAUUUAGUGACCCGAAGGAAGCUCAUUUCAAGAGCAUUCGCAAUCUUAUGCGUUACAUGCUGUUAGGUGCAGCAAGAGAUGUAAACUUUUCUCCUUUAGCAGAUGCAGUUGUCAAACAGGUAGAAGCAGGAUCGAUUGUGGAAAUCAAUGGAGAGGAAGAUGCGUAUGCCUUCCUGACGAUGUUAAAUCUGAAAACGCAUAAGGGUAACCCGACAAUCAAGUCUAUUUUAUCAAUUCUGAAAAAGAACUGUCCUCCCGAGUUGGCAAAGUCGUUUAAUGACUAUUUAUCGAAGAAUACAGGAAUCCUAUUAAACGAGAGAAUGCGCAACUUCCCUCCUGAAGUGAUGCCUCCCCUGUUCAAUUCUCUCCAGGAAGACAUCAAAUGGGCGCUCGAAAAUAGUGACAACAAGGAAGCGUUCCAGUUUGACUAUAUUCUCGUGAUUGCUCAACGUUUCCGCGAGCUGACCGUAAAGAAGAAUAAAGACGGAAGCAAAGUACAGGUUACCGAAGGGAAUGCCAAUGGUGAUAAUGCUGCUGCUGCUGCUGCUGAUGAUGAUGACACUUCCUACUUCCAUUUUGAAGAUGACAUUAUGAAAAAGCAUUCCAAGCUCACCUUCUCUUUCAACGUUGCCCCUCUUGGAGAUCCCUCUCUUUCCGAAGUCCUUCAGCAGUCCCGCGAGGUGAUGAUCGUUCCGUUCUCCGACCUCCCGACGAUUUAUCAGGAGAUUAGUGCGCUAGUCUCGGCUUUGAGUGUUUGA